AAAACACUGCAGCAUCCCGGCCGCCCGGAGUUGGGUUGGGUUCUCGGAGGUCGUUCCUCCGGGUUGAUUGCGCGGAGACUCCAAGUCACCGCUGACCGGCGGACCCUAGAGGAAGCGCCGCCGAGUACAGGAAGAACCAGGGAAGCUGAGGAGGAAGCUAUAACUGCAGCCAGAAGUGUCAAGUUCCCUUUGGCCCUGCUGGAAGAAGGUGAACACCGGCAGACAUGGCUGCCCGCACAAGCCCGGUUUAGCAGCAGCUCCAGCUCCAGCUCGGGUACACAGCAUGCCUCACUAGGCGCCAUGGAUGGAGCGCAAAGUGCCAUCCUGCGGCUGCAGCAGCUCCCACCCACCAGUGGGGCCACUUCCGGGAGCCUGAGCCUGGGCGAGGGCUCCUUCUCCUACAAGGAAAACUUGAUCGGCGCCCUCUUGGCAAUUUUUGGACAUCUUGUGGUUAGCAUUGCACUCAAUCUCCAGAAAUACUGCCACAUCCGCCUGGCAGGCUCCAAGGAUCCUCGUGCCUACUUCAAGACCAAGACAUGGUGGCUAGGCCUGUUCCUCAUGCUGCUGGGCGAGCUGGGUGUGUUCGCCUCCUAUGCCUUUGCCCCCCUCUCGCUCAUCGUGCCCCUCAGUGCUGUCUCCGUGAUAGCUAGCGCCAUCAUAGGAAUAAUAUUCAUCAAGGAAAAAUGGAAGCCUAGGGACUUUCUGAGACGCUAUGUUUUGUCCUUCGUGGGUUGUGGCUUGGCGAUUGUGGGCACCUACCUGCUGGUAACAUUCGCACCCAACAGCCACGAGAAGAUGACAGGCGAGAAUAUCACAAGGCAUCUUGUGAGCUGGCCUUUUCUCCUGUACAUGCUGGUGGAGAUCGUCCUGUUCUGCCUGCUCCUGUACUUCUACAAGGAGAAGAACGCCAACAACAUCAUCGUGAUUCUCCUCCUGGUGGCCUUACUUGGCUCCAUGACGGUGGUGACGGUGAAAGCUGUAGCUGGGAUGUUGGUCCUGUCCAUCCAAGGGAACCUGCAGCUCGACUACCCCAUCUUCUACGUGAUGCUCGUGUGCAUGGUGGCCACCGCCAUCUACCAAGCCGCGUUCUUAAGUCAAGCCUCACAGAUCUAUGACUCCUCCCUGAUCGCCAGCGUGGGCUACAUCCUGUCCACCACCGUGGCCAUCACAGCCGGCGCCAUCUUUUACCUGGACUUCAUCGGGGAGGAUGUGCUGCACAUCUGCAUGUUUGCCCUGGGGUGUCUCAUCGCCUUCUUGGGUGUCUUCCUGAUCACACGGAACAGGAAGAAGGCCAUUCCAUUUGAGCCCUAUAUUUCCAUGGACGCCAUGCCAGGUAUGCAAAGCAUGCACGACAAAGGGAUGACUGUCCAGCCUGAACUCAAAGCUUCUUUUUCCUAUGGGGCCCUGGAAAACAAUGACAGCAUUUCUGAGAUCUACGCUCCUGCCACACUGCCAGUUAUGCAAGAAGAACAUGGCUCCAGGAACACCCCUGUUCCCUACCGGGUCCUGGAACACACCAAGAAGGAAUGAACCACCACGAACCCAGCUCCCCUUCCCUCAGUUUCUAACUAGCGGGGCCAGGCCAACAGCGGGUUUCCCCUUCAUUCUUGACCUUUAAACUUGCCUUUCAAGUCUUAGGUUUUUAAACCAAGAACUCCAUGGAAGGAGGCCUUGGGAAAUCUUUGUCCCUGGCAAAAGAUGUGUUAAGUUGGUCUUGGAAUUUCAAAUGGGCAGGGGGAAGGCAGUCUGAAAGUGGCGGGCAUUGCAGCAUUCGGCCUCAGCCUGGUUCCCGACCCAAUGGGAUUUGAAGCUGUGUGGUUGCUGAGGUUGCUGGACCUCCCCAAGGCAGUGACCAAAGGUUGCCAAAGCCUUGAGAGCUGCGGCCAGGUAGAGAGCCUUCAACCCCAGAGGAAGGCUGCAGACCUCCACUGUCACCUUCCUCCACCUCAUGUGCAUGCCUGUCUCUUCCGGUGUCCUCCAUGAUCCCGCAUUCAUGGCAUCUUUGUCCCCCUUCGCGUGGCACAGUGGGCCAACCCUGCGUGGGACGUGCAGUUACUGCUGCUUGGCAGUGAGUAUCUGCAGCCCGGGGAAGACAUGCGCAGUGUGUUCAUAUUGGAUCUACCCUGAAAAUUAACUUGGCUCUAGCCCUGUGAGAACUACUUGUUUUGCUCCCCUCCCCGAAAGGAGGGAAGAAUAAGAGAGAGAGGAGCAGGGAACUAAUGCCUCACCCCUACAGGGAGCCAAGGCCCUUUCCAUCUUGUCCAUUUCUCUAUUUUUUAAUUUUUUGUUUUGAAGAUAGGGUCUCUCUCAUGCUGACCUGGAGCACUCUGUGUGGCUGAGGCUGGCCUCAAACUGAAGAUCCUCCUGUCUCAGCCUCCUGAGUGCUGACAUUACAGGUGUGUGCCACCGUGUCUGGCCUUUCUGUCCAUUCUGUCCAUUCCGGCUUUGUGAUGAGUCACAUUUUCUUUUGGGAAGAGGCUGGGGUGCUUGUUUCAGAAACAGCCCACUCACUUCCCACCCCUCCUUGAGCGUCCCCUUUGUACAUCUAUGUAAACCAAAUUUGAGCCAUUGGUUCAGUCAGCAGGGAUUGUCGACAUCCUCAGCUCCAACACUGGCGCACAUGUGGGCACCGCCGCCAUCUUCGUGGCUGUGCCCAGCCUUGUCUCCCCCUAGGCUGACUGUAUAUUUUGGGGGAUGGCAGGUAAAGAUUUGCAAACUUUAUACAUAUAGUCCCCCCCCCCUCCCGCCCCGGGAAUUUAUUUAGAAUGCAGAUUUCUCACCUCAACUGUAGAGAUGAGGCUUAGGAGGACUGGUGUGUGGCCUAGAAAUCUGCAUUCUUAACUAGCAGGAAUGCCAAGGUCACACCCCAGUCAGAAUCCUACUAAAGGAAAAAGAUGGCCACCUAAACUCCAAGGGGCCCACCCACCCUGCCAGAAAGUUAGAAUCCCCUAUUCCAUGUCCUCUCUGGGUCCUCUGGCCAGGUCAAACAGCCCCUUGGGACCUGUGGCAUUUCUCCACCCAGAUGGGACUCCUCAGAGCCACGCCCAUGGCUUCCCUAGGUGGCCUGUAUAAGACUAGGCUGGGCACAGUGUUAACAGACCAGUGUUGGCGCAUCACUGAUCUCCAUGCCUUGCAUUCGAUGCUGACUCCUUACCUGACUCCAGAACUCUCCCAUCCGCUACCUGUGAUGCCCACUUCUGUAUUUUCUCUUAACCACAUCUGUAUUGUGUCCCCCAUUGCCUAAGAAUGCAAUGGACAGUGAGAUUGCUCCUCUUAGGAUGGGUAUCAUUUAUUCCUGUGUGUUAAGAAACUGGAGGAUGAAACUACAAACCUAACAUAGAUCCCUAGCUCCAGGGGAGGUACAGAUACCCAGAAAUCUCCUGCAGGGUGGGCUACCGUAGGUGUGAAGUGUAAGAGUGAAGAAAAAGACAGCCAAGGGGGUCCUGCCAAAGGCUGGACUCUGAGCCCAUUCAUAGACAUUGGCAAGCGUGAAGAUUUGGGCAAAACAGAGAAUAGGGUGAUCUCUCUCUGAGUCUCUGUCUCUCUCUCUCUCUCUCUCUCUCUCUCUCACACACACACACACACACACACACAGCAGCAGCAGCAGCAGCAGCAGCAGCAACAGCACCAGUAGUAGAAAAGGCACUGAGAUAGGGCAGAAAAAGUGGUGGAAGUCAAAUCACAGAAUGGCUUAAAUACCUGGCAGGGUUUAAAGUGGGGCAUAGGGGGCAUGGGAGUCCUCAUGGUUCAUGAGGAAGAGCCAGCAGGAUCAGCCCCUAUUAGAGCCCUUGAUCUGUAUGGAGGAAGAAAUGAGGCACCUCUCAAGGUCAAUUUCCAAGCCUAGGGUUGAAUCAGGUGUUGCUGCUAUUCAAAUACUUACUUCCCUGGUGUUUUUCUUUUUCCUGAGACUGAAGAGAGGGGAGAGUGGGCAAAGAGAAGACCAGCAGGGACAUUUUAGCUGUGUCAACCCAGGAGGCCGGAAGUAGUGAUGGGACAAUUUAUGCUCGAAGCCUUCCUGGACCCCUUCCUUUCCUUGGUUGCUGUGGCACGUGGUUUUGGGCAUCCCCUGUCCUGAACUGAGUGAGUGGGUAGCCUCACUCUGCUCUGUGACUUCAGGUAUGCUGCAGAUCAACAGCAACCAGGAACUGCCACUGAGAUAGGGCCACUCACCUGCCUGCAGGUUGGGGCAGAGGUAUCAUCCUGCAGCUGUGCCACCGAGAGCUGAGCAGAAGGCUGGGUGACAGCCCCCAGAGUGGAGGCUGGGCAGGUCUCUAGGGCAGCCAAAGAAUAGCUGAGAGCUAGACCCGCAGAGUUCAGACUGGCUCCGUGUUCCUGGCCUUUGUCCCCCUGGGUACAUGGAUGGUCUAACUCAUGACAAGAUGGCACUAGCUGCUAGGAUGAUGGAAGGGGCGUGUCACACACCCACAGCCCUGAUUCUUUUCCCUCCUGGCCCUGGUACCCAAGCCUCCUUGAACACUUCAAGCAACAUAAAAUGGAAAGUCUCCACCUCUGAGUCAUCAAACUUGGGUUCAACUUUUAAUUGUCCUCUAGUCUUCCUCCCACCCCAGCAGCUCCUGUUUUAUAUCCAAAGAUUCUGAGUUUUCAGAUUCGACAUUAGAAUCAGUGCAGACAGGGCCAGGGCCCUCCCCCCACCCCACCCCCAAGCUGCACCCUGAUGCCCUCCUUUAAGCUAUGGGCUACUCGGGGAAGAGGAGCUCCGUGUGGACUUGAAUAAGGAGAGGAGGCCUGGUGUCACCAUUGCUCUCCCAGCAGAAUCAGCCAGCUUCAGGACACCAUGUGGCCCGGAACUCGGUGGGCAUUGGCCAUGCCAGCCCUGCAGCUUGGUGAACUCCACAUCUGGCCCAACACAGGCGACAGGCAAGAGUGGUUUGUGUAUUUCCCUGAGAAGCUGUGUAAACGAAGUCACUUUAGAGCAUAUUCUGUGUGGAUACUUCUAUUUUGUGGACAUCACAACUAAUAUGGCAUGUCUUAUUUUUCAAAAGUGUGUGCAAAUAACGUUGUGAAGUGGUAUUUAAUUAAAAUCUAUCCAUGUGGCA